AGGCAUCCACCAUGUUGUGUUCACGUACAGUGAAUGAAUGUGGCUGCAGACGACGCACUUGUAGAGGUUUACAUCAAGUAACCAGUAACGCGUGCGUGACUCAUUCCUGCGUGACCGUGCGUGAUCUAGCUUGCGUGACCCAGCUUGUGUGACCGUGCGUGACCUAACUUAUUAUGCAUUACGCAUAAAAGGUGUUGUCACGAGACAGGGUGCUUCUUUCAUCCUGAAAGAUCAGCCCUUUGAAGUCUGCCACCAACUCGAAUUACAAUUAGCAGUGGCUUUGAAUGCAUUCCGUUUUAGACGAAUACACAAUGUGUACGACAUACGGGACUUUGAAACAAGAUACGCGAGGCGAUUUACCGCUGUACAGCCCCAACGCAGCAGAGGGUGUUGCUGACUCCACCUAUGACGUCACCCGGUGGUAUGCGCUCAUGGACUUCAAGGGGCAUCCGCUGAAAAUUUCUCCACUGGGAGGUCGCUGUCUGGCCCAGCAUUCUAUUUGGAUGGACGGCCAACAUCCGGGGAUCUCAGACGGAGUGGUCGAGCGGACUCUCUGUCUUAGUAAAAAUGGCAACCGCUGUUAUACAAAAUUGCAGGCUCAUAUCCGCCGAUGUCACGGCCAUUACGUGUACAGAUUUGACAAGGCUAACGUCACCAUGGAAACGAAGACAAACAUGUGCAGUGUGCGGGAUAUCUCAGACGAGCGGCCCAUAGUCUACACCCCACAUGCGCCACGCGACACGGCCCUGUUAGGUCACGUGAUCAAGAAGUUCAGUGACGUCACGGACAAGACACAAUGCUUUGUGUACUGCCUUCUGCGCGCGCAUUGCUUUUCAUUCAACUACAGUAAGCGUUUCUACGUAUGUGAGUUAAACAGCCAGACGGCGCAAAAUAUUCCAGACUUGCUACAGAAAAGACAAGGAUUCCAAUAUUACGAGAAAAAAGUCAUAGACUCCCGCGAAAUCAUGAUUUAGUAAAAACUUGAAGCCACAUGACAUUCAUUUAAAGCCCGUCGAUCCGACCUGUGUGACGCGAUGACACCCUAUGAAAAAUGAAAUGAAUUGAAUCACGUUGAAUUUCUAUCCAUUCUACAACUAAAACGGCUCAAUUAUAUUUUUAAAGUAUCAAAUUGUACAGGGAAAGUUAGAUUUCGAAAAAAAUGCAUUGAAUAUUAAAAACAAAAACAAAAAACAUUGUGACGCAUGUCGGAUGUACGGACUGUAACUGUUUAAGGAGGCCGCAUGGUUUCCCCGUGGUUUUCGACUUACUCGACCACUCGCCUUUACAGGAGAGAAGAAUCCUCAAAUAGUUUUUAUAUCCCCUCUUUCGUCGAACUCGUUCAUUUAAAUAAUCAAAUAUUCCGACCUUAGUUUAGCCCACUGGAAACUCCAUAAGCGGUCAGGAUAAGCAGACGAUGGCGUGAGCCACUAAACAACCAAAAUAACAAUAUAACUAUCUUAAUAAACUAUUUUCCAAUUCGGAAAAGAACACUGCAACCGGCAAUUUACAGCCAAGUUCGUUGUUGCGCGACCUCGAUAAAUCCAAAAUACAUUUCUCGUUUGGGAAUAGCGCGUAGUCAGAUUUGUUGGGGGCGGUUUGUCUGGUUUUGAUUGUUUGGUUUGAUUCACUACGCGUUAUUCCCAAACGAAGAAAGGAAUUUUGGAUUCUGGGAGAUCGCGCAACAACGAAUUUGGCCAUAACAUUAGGUGAACAUCCAAGAUAGCGUUCUAUAUAUCUACACGUUUUUAUAGCUCUAAUUCUCCUUGAAAAUAUCGAUUCCGCUGAGGUAGCUCCCCGGGCUCAAUUUUCCGCCUCUCGCUAAGCUUUCUUAGAUACCAGGCCUCCAUCUGCCAUUCACCGUAGAAGCACCGGCCCAAGCACCUCCGCACUCUCUCACGAGGCAGCAGAACGCACAUCACUAAGGCGCCUACGGUUGCGCAGAUGAUCCCCGCUAUCACAAACACGAAGAUGAAUGACACGCGCUCCCACAGUUCAACCACUGGCAUCUUGUAUCGCGGGCACUUAAGCGUAUAUUUCAAAAUUCACUUUUUUAUAUCCUUGUUUCUGCACGUCUUUCGAUUCAGUGUGUAUUAUCCUGUGCUUGUUCCUUUUUGUGAAGAUGUGGUGUACUAAAUUGUGUAUUGUUAGAUGGCCUUUAGAUUCACUUGUCAGACGAAGUAAUUAUCUCUGAUAAUUACACUGAUACCAACAGAAGAUGAGUGAUUCUGAAAAUAAAUGGAAUAAAAAUAUAAUUAAGUAAGAUACAAGGCCAGUACACAGCUAUUUUUUUGGAAGAGGGGGGUGGGGUAGGGGGCCCUAUGUCGGUUUUCCAAACCUGAGGUAGCUCAAGCAUGAAAGGACUUUAAAUAUACCAGGAAUUGUGUUCUUGACCAGACAAACGGGUAAAGCCAGACAAGCCAGUCAGGAUUUCUCCCGAUGAUCUCCACUGUUAUACUAUCACCUCCAACUAAAGGUGCCUCCGCAUCUCCGCCGGCUGUAAACUGACGGUGCCCUCCCCAGUAUUAGCGUAAGCUACCUUAUACUAUUGUAUAGGGGAGUAGUUUAUUACAGUAUAAAGAAUAUUAAAGUGGCUAGCUUGUAUUGUAUAAAGUUGUACGAAGAUCUCCACUGUUAUACUAUCACGUCCAGAAGCUAGCUUGAAUAAAACUUGUACAAAGUUGUACGAAGAUCUCCACUGUUAUACUAUCACGUCCAGAAGCUAGCUUGAAUAAAACUUGUACAAAGUUGUACGAAGAUCUCCACUGUUAUACUAUCACGUCCAGAAGCUAGCUUGAAUAAAACUUGUACAAAGUUGUA